CAGGCGGCGCGGGCGCGGGAAGGGCCGGGGGGAGCCGCAGGGGGAGAUGGAGCCUGGCAGCGAGCAGCUGGGGACGCCGGCACACAGCGCGCUCGGCACCGAGCACAGCGCCAGCCCCAGCUGCAGUGCCGGGGAGCAGGAGGAGCUGCCCUACGAUGGAGACGAGGGGCCCAGCUGUAAAUGCAACAGCAAUGCAGGGCGGCUGCGGGACUGCACAGGAAACGUUCCGCACAUGUUAAGUUUGUCCUGCUCUGAAGAUGAAGCAGCUGGCACGGAACAGCUGCCUAACGCAAAGAUGUCCAACGUCCUCUGGCGUCAUUUUCCUGAAGGAGAGUUACUGAACACAGGGCAGCUAAUCGAGUGUGAGACCAUACCGGAGAUGUCCUACACGGAAAGCCUUGGUGAAACCACAAACAAACCUGAGAGUUACGAGCACAGCAAAGGCUCUUCAACACCUGAACAGUGGGCAACGACAGGGGAAGAGGAUCAUCUAGGAAAGCAGGAGGAUGGAUGCACGGGUGGGAAAAAUCCAAGUGUGCUAAAUGAAAAACUUGUUUCAAAGCGAUCUGUUUCGUCUGCUGGUAGCUGCGGGUGCAGACACAACAGGUCACAGUUGAGGAACAAAUACGAAGACACACACCUCUCUCACAACACGAAGGAACAGAGAGAAGUGUUUAAGAAAAACGCUUCAUCUCACAGGCUCAUACAUGGUGACAUUCACCAUUGCAUUCCUGACUUCUCUGAAAUUACUACAGAACUAAAAGUGCCAAAAAUAAACGAAAAUAUUAAAUCAGUUCCUACAACUGAACCAACAAAAUCCUUCCCUAUUCUGCUCUGUCAGUCAGAAACUGUGGACAACAUUCUAGAAAGUAACUGUUCCCGUUCUGUUGAAGUAGAGAAUCAAGAAAUGAGAAUUCCAGAAUUGUUGCAACAGCUCAAGAUACUGCCUCAGUCGGAUUUUGCACCUCCAAGCUUUGUUGUUUACUCGGGAGGCGCUGGGACAUUUCAAGUCUUUACAGCACGUGUCCCUAAAACUACACAGCACUUGCCUGAUCCAAGAUUACCACAUGGGACAAUGGUAUCAGCAUUUCCAGCAGCUGGUACAGUACAAGUACACUGUGCAAGUCCUUCUAAUUUACUGCCAGAACUAACACAAGGAGAAAAGAUGUCUCAGAUACUAAAAGAACAGACAGAUCAACUGAAAAUUAAAGUGGAAGAUUUCACUAAACAUAUGACCCAUGAGACAUUCGUUCCACAAGACAAUUACCUGGCGUUAAAUCAAUUGAAAAAAUACCUGGAUGCCUUGGAAAGGAGUUACUUAACUGCUAGAGAGGAGCACCGUGUUUUACAGCUGCAGAACUACAAGGACAAGUCUAUCCACGUUGGAGAGUUUGAUCCUGAAAGGAAGGUGGAAGGGGAAAUAUUUAGACUUGGCAUGCUGCUUGAAGACAUCCAAGAGCAGACUGAUGACUGCAAAUACAGCUUGGCUCCUUCGCUUAUUUCUGAUGAAUCUGCCCAUUCAUCAAAUCCUCUUUGGGAGAGCUCAGUAGUUCCAAGCAUUACUGAUCCUCCAGAAGAAACCACAUUUCUUCACAAGAACAAGGGAGAAAAUACAAGUCAGACAAGCGAUGUAAUCCCACAAACAAAUCAUCUGUUUUCUUUCGAAGCUGCAAAGUACAAUCUUUGUCCUCACAUGUUACAAAAGAGAGCUGAAUCAACUUCCAGAAGAGAAAUGGAGCCUCAGGGAAAAGGUUAUCUGCUAGCAAGCAAGCAUUCUUCCAGUGUAAUGAGAUUCCUUUCACCAGAAGAAAAAGGUCUUAGAUUCCAUACUCAGGGUACGUUAAGUCAAAAGUGUAAUGCUGAUGAAGAAAAUGUGAAAGGAAAUAAAAACAUCCAGGAAAGGAAAACCGGAGUAUGUUCCAUCUUCAUUCAGAGAAAACCAACUGAUUUAUCAGACACAAAUCUGAGCAGUGAUUCAGAAGACAUCUCAGCCUGUGACUCUUACGGUUCACAAAGCGAGGAAUUUAUGGAACAUGAGACUGAAAGUUACAGAACACUCAAUACAAGAUUACAUCAAGAGAAAAAAGGAUUUAUAUUCAGAUGCCCUAGAGAAAGCAGUUAUCAACUCAAACACAGGAAUUACAAACAGUCUGUUCAGUCUUGUGCCCUGUGUAGAAAUAAAAAUGCUGGUUCAACCUCUUAUUCACAGAAGAGAAUCUCCACUCAGAAGACUCAAACAAAUAAACGGCCCCGUGAACUUGUAAACAGACUUUCUGAAAGGAAUGUCAAUGUCAAGAAGUCUGCCCGAAACAAACCUGCAAUCAACAUCAGAAACAGAAAUACCAAUGAUUUCAACGCAAAUAUUUUAAAUUCUACCCUGGAUCAUGCCAUACAGACAGCAAACAGUUUGAAGAAAGCUACAGAACAAAUGAUACAAGCAAUUUCAGAAGAUCUAGCUAAAGUUGCAAGAAAUCAGCUUUAAUUAUCCAGUUUCAAAUGCUGUGUUUUGCUGGUUAAUACUGAAAUAUCAGUGUGUCUGCAAAUAUAAAAUAAUAAAUACAACGACUGGGUAGUCAGCUUGCUUCAGUUUUAUGACCAUCAAUACUAAAUGAGAGCAUACUGGUACUCUGCAUCUUUACACUCAGUGCCUGAACUAGAAGACAAAUCACUAAUUUUAGUAGAAGUCUUUGGUACGUUUGCUAAUACCUAUUCUUGCUUACAGCUGCCUUCUCUAAGAAUUCACUUAAGGGAGCAUUACAAAAAUUGAUUUAAACAAGCAAGGUUAGCUUUUUGGCUUCUGUUUUCCUUCUACCCCAAACAGCAGAAUAAGUAUCUCAUUCAUUACAUAUAUUUUUCUCUUCAGAAUUUAAAGCAGCUGCUUAAGCAUGUGAGCAAAUGCAAACAGCCUCUGCAUCUGUAAGCAUCAUACUAGCAUACCAAAUCGCUGUUAACAUAUGUAAUUAUUUGGGUUUUAGAGUGUGUCACAUUGAGAGUGCUUAAAUUUUAAGAUACUCCUCACGUCUCAAUAACCAAGUAAUACCAUUGGUUGUCUUGUGUAUCCGUAACAAUUAAACAGUUCUCUCACUGU